UUUAUCCUGGAAAAUUCUUGAUGUCAUUACAAAGGUGUGUUUGUAGUCUGUUUUUGGUUAAGUUUUAACUGGGCAUGGAAUCUGAAAUAAACCCAUGGGAUAUACGCCCCAAGACACAGGAUCGUGCGACUAAACGUACUGCUCCUCUUCAAGUGCAGUUAGCAAAGAAACUGAAGCUUAAUUUCUCUAAAGAAUGUCUACCGCAAGAGAAAUCCCCCAGUAAAACUACCCUAUCCACAAAUCCAUCCAUAGAUUUAGAAGAAAAGGAGAAUGUUGUCAACAAUUUGGAAAGUAGCUGUUUUACUUACAGUGCCAAAAGAUGUCUGUCUACGCAUUCGAAUACAAAACCAAUUCUAAAGAAAGUGAAUAGUAUUUUACCUCAUCAAUCAUCAGAAGUUCCAAUCAUUUCUACCAAUUUAACUAAUCUGACUACUCCGUUUGAAGCCGAUACUUCCAUAAAAGCAAAUUCAGUAAUUAGUGACAACAAAGCAGGUGCAUUUCAUGAAUACGUUAAUUAUCGUAGUGCUACACGGUCGCAUAUACCAAAACCUAUACCCACAAAGUGUGGUUCUUUGCUUAGUCGUCCAUUAGUUGACGGAACAAGUAUACUGGACAGUGAUGAGUUUGUGACACCUAUAAAUACAGCCCAUGGAGAUUCUUCAAAUGUCACGGAAGUUACCAGCAUCUCCAAAGAUCUGGAAAUUCCAAGUGCUAAUUCUACCACAGCUGCUGACACUAAUCAAACAGUUCCCACAGACAUAACAGUUGAUACUACAUUCAAGAAGCGCACAUCAAACAGUAUGAAAUCCAGUCGAGUUAAUCUUCCUACUCACAAUUAUGUAAAGAUUAAUUUAAAGAAGAAACAAUUUUGUAAGAAAGGAUCUUCAAAACAAAGAGCACUAAAAAGACAAGUGUAUUUGAGUAAAUUAAAGAAAAAGUUUAAAAAUAAUUCUUAUCAAAAGAAAAAUACUUGUUACACUUGUGGAGCUACUGGUCAUUGGUCUAAUAAAUGUCCAAUGACCAUAAUGCAAUCGAAAACUUCAACAACUGCUAAUCAUUCACAGUAUUCACAGAAAUAUGAUGUUGCCUGUAAAAUACUCAAUCUUAACGAACUCGAUGUUCGAUUUUGUCAACCUCAACUUGAAGAUGUUUUUCCUGCAGACUUUUUAUCAAAUAGUAGUUCGUCUGAAAUAUCAAAUCCCUCCGUGUCUAUUGAUGAAUUGUCCCGUUCUAUAAAGUCUUGCUUAAAGCAGUUGGGAUUCGAUUCUUUUCGUGCUGGUCAAGAAUUGGUUAUACUUCGUACACUUUUGGGUGUGUCUACCCUCUCGGUAAUGCCGACAGCUUCGGGGAAAUCAUUGUGCUAUCAAAUACCUGCGAUGAUAUACCAGCAACUUUAUAAGACAGUUGCCUUGGUCAUUUCACCUCUUAUUUCUCUAAUGCAAGACCAGGUAGUGCAGCAUAUGUCGGGUGUACAAGGAGCUUAUUUAAAUUCUAGCCUAUCUGCUGAUCGCAAAAGAGAAAUAUUAGAAGAGGCACAGAAGGGAAAAUAUUCUUUUCUUAUGCUAUCACCUGAAGCAAUUGUUGAAUCUGAUUGGCUACUUCAGUCAGGACGUUUACCUCCGAUCAGUUUCGUUUGUAUUGAUGAAGCGCAUUGUUUAGCUGAUUGGUCUAAUCAUUUUCGACCGUCUUAUCUACGUGUAUGCAAUCUACUAAGAAGAUAUAUGAAAGUCAAAUGUUUUCUAGGUUUGUCGGCAACAUGUACUCCAAAUGUGAUUAAAAAUAUCUGUAACAAUUUGGGUAUAAUAAAUCCAAUAAGAUUAAUUGGUGAUCAAAUUGACCAAAGUACACUGUAUCAAUCUGGUUAUGUACAACCGGUGAUUACACCGUUACCGUCACAUUUAACCAUAUCAGCAUCAAUGGAUGCUAGAAAAGAUGAAGCUUUAUUAAAACUGUUAACCAAUAAACCAUUUAGCCAGCUAACAGGUGGUGUAUUAAUCUAUUGUGCUACAAGAGAACAAACUGAACGUUUAGCCUCAUUUAUUCGUACAGCCCUACAAGAUGUUGUAGAUAAGAUUGGACGUAAACGUAUGUCAUGGACAACAGCUGCCUAUCAUGCUAGUCAAACAACAAAUGAACGAUCACGUAUACAGAAAAAAUUUAUGAAUGGACAAAUACGUGUCCUGAUUGCCACUUGUGCUUUUGGUAUGGGAUUGAAUAAAUCAGAUCUACAAGCUGUAAUACAUUAUUCACUUACUAAAUCAUUUGAAAACUACAUACAAGAAAUAGGUCGUGUUGGACGUAAACAACAAUCUUCUUACUGUCAUGCAUUUCUUCCGUCUUCAUUAAUGGACGAUCCAAGUGAAGCAAAUGACAUUCGACGGCAUAUAUUUGUCAAUCACAUUGAUCUUGUCUUAUUAAAACGUUUAUUAAGCCUAGUAUUCAAAGAUUUCCGUUGUGUUUGUCGUCAAACUGAUGAUGGAUCUCAGACAAAUGAUCAUACAUCCUCCUUCUCCUCCGCCUCCUCGUCGUGUCAAGGCCAUGUGCAUACAGUCGAUUUACAAGCUAUCAGUGAACAAGUCGAUAUCAAGCCUGAAAGUUUAAUCACAAUAUUAGCCUAUAUGGAAUUGGAACCGAAUAAUCCAAUCAUUUCAAUACUUCAUUCUGGUUAUACAAUUGCUACAGUCGAUUGUUAUGGAAGUCAAAAUGAAAUGGCUUAUGCUUCUCAGCGUUGUUUAGCUAUAGCCGGUUCAUUGAGUCUAUGGCGGAGAAAUGAACAAUUACAACAAAAGUCUAAAAGUUGUGAUGAUAAUACCAGUUGUCCUAGACAACUAGAGAUCAAUUUACCACAAUUAUUUAAUCGUUGGGGUUGGAAACCAAAUGUUGUAAAAAAAGAAUUAAAAAAUCUUGAAUGGGAUACUACUACUUCUAAUGAUAAUGAUAAUAAUAAUAAUUCUAUUACUGGUCAAUUGAAUAAAACAUAUCGUACUGGUGUAAGCGUUAAUUUCUCUCAAUGGAAUUUAUGGUUAUGGAUUCAUGGACGAGAAGUACCAAUUACCAAUGAACGUCUGGAUGCUUGUUUAAUGUAUUUAAAUAAUCGUUUACAACAAACUGAAAAAACUGCUCUACAAAGUAUUGAACAAUUGACAUUAACUUUAGGCACUGUUGUACAACCAUCUAUUGAAGAUGUUUAUCCUAUAGAGAAUAUUAAUAAUAAUAUUAAUGUUGAUAUAUUAUUCAAAGAUAAAUCUAAGCCUGUAUUGGAGGAAUCUGACUUGAAUGAAAAUUGUAAACAACGCUCAUUAGUUGUGCAUGAAUUGAUUAAAUCGCAUUUUUCUGAUACUGAGCCUAUACUAUCAGAGGAAAUGUUAGUCAUGCUGAAGAAUUGUCAAUCUCAAUAUCAUUGGCCUCCAGAGAUAACGGAUAGUCAGGUUGCUCAAGUGCAGUCGACUGUACGAGAUUUUCUCCGGGUGCAUGAAUCUAGUCUUAAUACAACUAUUACAGGUCGAGUACUUGCUAAUAUAUUUCAUGGUAUAUCAACUCCUCAAUUUCCUGCAACUACAUGGUCACGGUGUCAUCGAUUUUGGAAAGCACAUAUGAAUAUCGAUUGGCCAAGUAUAAAAAGAAUUGCUACACAAGAAUUAUUGAUUCAUUAUACAUGGACCUGAUUUAUGUCAAUUAUUUGUGUUGUAUUCAGAUGUGACUAGAGAAUAAACUAUUUUUAUAUUAAUGUACUUAAUAAUGUGAAUAAAUGGUUAUUUUUCUAGAUAAUCCUAUGAAUUAGUGAGAUUAUGACUUCUUUUGUCAAGUUAAUAUUCAGCAGUUGUCGAACAAUCUAAAUAAAAGC